AUGUCCAAACCUAUCAGAUACGUUACUAAAGUCGACUUGGAGCUUCCUGGGGACCAGCAGCCCCAAGUCCACAACCGGUGGCACCCGGACGUACCGUUCGCGGAAACAAUACUUCCCGGAGAGACCGUGAAAAUUGAGUGCUUGGACUGGACAGGAAACCAGAUCAGAAACGACGACUUCGCUGACGACAUCAAGAACGUCGACCUUACCCGUAUCCACUACUUGUCUGGACCCUUCAACAUCGAGGGUGCCCAGCCGGGGGAUUGCUUGGUGGUGGAAAUCAAGGAUGUACAGCCCUUGGAGCGCCAGCCAUGGGGAUACUGCGGAAUUUUUCCCAAGCACAAUGGUGGGGGCUUCUUGGACAAGUUUUACCCUGAGGCUGCGAAAGCGAUUUUCGAUUUAGAGGGUAUCCAUGCCACGUCUAGGCAUCUUCCCCACGUGAAAUUUGCAGGGUUGAUACAUCCAGGCAUUAUUGGAACGGCACCGUCUCAUUCAGUUCUCGAGGAGUGGAACUUACGCGAAGGUAGACUAAAGGCAGAUAUCCAGCACAAUCACGACACUCCGGUUGCAAACCUCCCAGAGAUGGAGAACACCCACGCAGGAAGUGCCACUGGCGAAGUGGCUGCUGCUGUAGCAGCCCAAGGCGCCCGUACGAUUCCUGGCAGGCCAGAAAACGGAGGUAAUUGUGACAUCAAGAACUUGUCACGAGGCUCCAAAUGUUAUCUUCCUGUGUAUGUGGACGGAGCCAAGCUCUCGGUAGGAGACCUCCAUUUUUCCCAAGGCGAUGGUGAGAUCUCGUUCUGCGGGGCCAUUGAGAUGGCUGGGGUUAUCACCAUCAAAACUAGUCUCAUCAAGGGUGGCAUGGAAACCUUGAAGCUCAAGUCUCCUAUGUUCAUUCCGGGGGAUGUCCAGAACCAGUACGGUCCCUCGAGGUACCUCACUUUCGAGGGGUUCUCCGUGGACGAAGAAGGAGUCCAGCAGUUCCUCUGUGCGACUACUGCCUAUCGACAAGCAUGUAUUCGGGCCAUAGAGUACUUGAGACGGUUUGGGUACAACGACUACCAGAUAUACUUGUUACUUUCUAGUGCUCCCAUUGAGGGCCACAUAGCCAGUAUUGUGGACGUUCCCAACGCUUGUACCACGCUAGGUAUCCCCGUUGACAUUUUUGACUUCGACAUUCGGCCCGAAGCCCCCAUCGUCAAGCAGGAAAUGGGCAGCUGUGCUUUGGUGACAGGUGCGGGCCACAACUUGACCUAUACGUAUCGCUGA